AUGUCAGCAAAGAAAGGCAGCGAGACGCCGCAGGACGACAACGGCCUGGCUGCUGAAGCCGGCGCCUCAGAGACGCUGCCCACCAACGCCGAAGACCGCGCCGCGGCGGCGGCCCUCUCGUCUCUGAAUGCACCGAAGACUGCGGCUGAAGGGGACGAGGCCGACGAGGAUGGCGCAAAGAAGCCAUCAAGUGCAGACCAGGAGGCGCUUGGAAGGGCAAUGAGCAGGCUGGAGAUGAUCGCUGGCGGUGCGAAGAAAGCUGCAGCGGCCGGCGGCGACAAGAAGGCGAAAACGACCUCGACGGCGACCGCGGCGGGAGAGAUAGCUGCCGCUGCCGCCGGUGGUGAAGCUGUGAAGAAGAAGGCAGUCAAAGUCGCUGCGGACGAUGUCAAUCUGCUGGUUGAUCAAUUAGACCUUUCGAAGAUAAAGGCGACUGAACUGCUGAGAGAACAUGACGGGAACGCAGUCAAGGCCAUCCGUGCCUUCAUCACUCCGUCUACCGCCGGUGCCGCUUGA